AUGGAGGCUUUAGAUGAAACAACGAGUCUUCUGCCGGACCCAGUCGAGUCAUGCCCAAAUGACUUGCCGGAUGACACGAAACUGGAGCAAGAGUAUCAUAGGGACAACAUGGCGUUGCCCAAGGGACCGAUUCUGCUCUCCCUGUGGUUGGGUAGUUUUGUGAGUGCGUUGGACGGUACCGUGGUUGCCAAUAUCAUGAAUUCGAUUGCUGCUGAGUUUGCCGAGUCAGACAAGAAACAGUGGAUCGCAACCAGUUACCUGCUGACGAACACUGCGUUUCAACCAUUGUACGGCAAGUUAUCCGACAUCACUGGCCGGAAAGUCGCCGUGAUAACAGCACAUUUCUUCUUUGCUCUGGGGUGUCUUCUAACGUGCUUUGCGCAGAACGUGACGCAGUUUUCUAUAGCCAGGGCUAUCUGUGGUAUCGGUGGUGGUGGUAUUAACGCAAUGAGUAGCAUCACUGUCACGGAUAUCUGUUCCGCAAGGGAGAGAGGUGUGUAUCAAGGGUAUGCCAACGUGGUUUUUGGUACAGGACAAUUACUCGGUGCCCCGAUUGGUGGGUUUCUACUAGAUAGCAUUGGCUGGAGAUCUAUCUUUGGAAUUCAGGUGCCCAUGCUGAUGCUAUGCUCCGUGCUCGCACUCAAGAACGUCAACAUAAAACUGGUCCACAUUCCUCCACGGAACGAGAGGUUUACCUGGAAAAACUUGAGCAGAAUUGAUAUCUUUGGGUCAAUCAGUCUCGUCGCAACAAUAUCUGGUAUAUUAUUCCUAACUUCGUCAAACUGGAACAAGUCACUACUGGGAAUCUUUACCGUAUUGAGUUUUUCGCUCUUCAUUUACAUCGAGCUGUACGUGGCUAAGGAGAGAAUCAUGCCCUUCGAACUCUUGAAGGGAUCAUUUGGACUGUCGUCUAUUGCGACGGUGAUCACUUCCUUUAUUAUAUAUGGGGAAAUUUUCAGAUCACCAAUUUAUCUACAGUUGAUUCAAAAUGUUAGCGUUACUGUGACAGGUUUGUAUUUGAUUUUCCCCUCAGUCGCCAUUGCAUUAGGUUCUAUUGUGACAGGAUCCAUCCUGAGAAACACCAAGAUGGAUCUGGCACACUGCGCUGCUGCUAUAAUUUUUGGCGGUAUGAUAAUGCAAUUGGCUGGGCUCGCAUUAUCCUACUACUUGUUAAGCCACGUGAAUCCUGCAUUAGACCUAGCAGACCUGCCCGCGAAUCUAUUUUCUGCUGCUACGAUUUAUUUCGUAUCGGACUCCAUCUGGUGGAAAAUCGUCUACGUGGGAGCAUUAGUCAUUGGAUCAUCCGGGUAUGCAUCCUUGCUCGUGGCUACACUAGUCAGCAUUGUUUUCACUGUGGACAGGUCGAAACAGGGAACAAUUACUGGUAUAUUCUAUCUAUGGAGAUCCAUCGGUAACGUUCUUGGUGCCUCCAUCACGUUAGUGGUGUUUGAAAGAUCGUUGGGCAGGAUGUUAUGGGAAUUUAUGUUCGGCGAUUCCUCGACUACAGGCUCCUACCGUUUUAAGAAGUCAGAAUACAGAAGACUGAUCUCAGAUUCAAGCUACUUAAGAAAGGGACCAUUCCCAGCAAAAGCACUAGCUGGGUUGUUGAAGGUCUACAACAAAGCUUUUCUGAUUUCUUAUGUGCCAAACAUGGGACUGUCGAUUCUAGGGAUCCUUGUUGCGUGGAUGCUGUACAGAUCACAUGGCAAAAAAAUGCUAGAAUCUUCUGCCAAUUGA